UUUCAGCUGUGACUGUCAUAUUACCAGUCAGAUUUCUGUCACUGUUCUUGUUGGGAUGGCAAUUUCUUGUACUCAAUUUGAUGUUUUCACACUUUCGAUCAAUCCAUUCAAUAUUAUCUCGCUAUCGAUUACUUCAUUUAUAAACACUUAUAUACUUAUAUUUGUACCCAUGUAUGUGUGUAUACUUGCAGUGGUAUUUUUAAUUCACUUUCGUUGAAUCAUCAGCGCUUUUUGAUCUUGUUUAUACAUAAAUAUAUGAUGUAUGUAUUUGCUUUAGUUUUUGCCGGAGAUUUUAUCAACACGCUGUCGAUUACUUCAUAACUACCGUGAGUAUAAUCAAAUAUUGAGUAAUGUAAUGCAAUUGCUAGUGCGUGUGCGCAAAUCACUUAAGUACACAGCUUGGCACUUUCACUACCAAUGAUCCGCUUCUUAAUCGCACGCGCUGCAUCUAAGAAGGGAGUUCUGCGCAGCCUCAUUCCAUCUGUGGCCGUGGCUUACCGCGGAAUUCAUAUCAACUCAGUACAACAUGUCGACCAUUUUCGUUUCGUUGCUGUAUGUCUUCUUUGCUAUCAUACCAACUCCUGCUGCGUCGCAACAUCCACUGAAUUCUCUGCGUUCACUCCACUGGCGCCCAUCGAAGACGCCCUGCUCCGACUAUGAGAUGCUGAUUAUCAACACGCGUUACUGCGUUUCUCGCUGUCCGAUCCGUUGCUCAAAUGGCAGCUGCUUUGAGGAUGGCGUUUGCCCGUGCGCCGACAACUAUCAAACCUCGUUCGAAAAGGAAGAGCUGGUGUGCGCCGCCGAGUGUCUACCAGGCUGCCAUAGUGCUGGAGGCUUCUGUGCAGCGCCCGAUCUGUGUCUCUGUAGUCAGGAGGGCUAUUAUUUUGAUGUGGUGGCGCGCCGUUGCCGCAUAUACCAUAGCUUGAGUGAUCGUUGUUUCGGGCGGUGCUUGUAUGGAAAUUGUAACACAAAUGGAGAGUGCACCUGUGCACAAGGAUAUAUCUCCCAAGACACUCUGUUCGGCCAACUGUGCGCUCCCGUGUGCAUACAAAACUGUGGUAGAUAUGGUUUUUGCUUUCUACCGAAUAUGUGCGCUUGUCGAAAGAAAGGCUAUCACUACGAAUAUGAUGGCGAAUGUCAUGCGGACUACAUACAUCUGGAGCAAUAAUGCGAGUAUUAAUUAAAUAAUGUUUUAUUUUGUCUAAGUUUAAAUAUAAAUUAAGUAGGACGCAUGUAAAUUAUUACUAAUAAAUAAAGAUAAUUUGAUAGGUGAAAGUACUCAGGAAACACAUAUUGUAAUAUGUAGUAUAUACAAUAUAUACA